AUGAUAGUAGACACCGAAGAAGUCAACACUCUUUUUCCCGAAAAUUCUAAGCCAAAUCAAACGAAAAAGAGCUCCAUAAAAGAACUGUACACAUAUGCAACCCCAUUUGACUAUUUCUUAAUCGCCGUUGGAAGCAUUUCUGCCAUUGCAAUGGGAUCAAUCCAGCCUCUAUUUUUUAUUUUCAUGGGAAAUUUCUUUGGAGAUAUGGGACCAGACACUUCUGCAAACGAAUUUUAUGACAACGCGAAGAUUGUGUGUUACCAAUUUAUAGGUUGUGCCUUCGUUUUUGGGGUGACUGGAUAUUUAUCAGUCAUGUGCUUUAUCAAUGUUGGGGCGAGACAAGCCUUUAACUUCCGCAAAAAAUAUUUCGAGUCCAUAAUGAGCUGUGACCCUUCAUGGUUUGACCUCAAACAAGUCGCUGAGCUUCCUCAGUCCUUAGCUACAGAAACCCUAAUGGUCGAAAGAGCCACAGGUGACAAACUUGUUAUAUUGAUUUUUACCAUAGGGAUGAUCCUAUCCUCCUUUAUCAUUUCUAUAAUAGAAGGUACCCAAUUAACCUUAUUUUGCUUACUAUUUUGCCCUACGAUUGUAGGUGGUUUUUUCUUGGCCAAUAAAGGACUUGAGCAAAAUGCAAAAUUCGCUGACACUUCUUAUAAAAAAGCUGGUGGAAUUGCAGAAGAAGCACUAGAAGAAAUAAAAACAGUAUCCUCCCUUAACGGACAAAAGCAUGAAGCAAGUAAAUAUAUAAAUGCAGUAAAGGAGUCAAAAAAAUCUAUGUAUGGAGGAGGGUUAAAAGCAGGGCUGGGGAUUGCGAUGGCGAUGUCCUCUUUUAUAGUAAUGAAUGGGAUCACUUUUAUUAUUGGGGCGUGGUUUAUUGAUAAAAAUGAAGACUGCUGGGUAUUGCAGGAGCCUUAUGAUUUGACGAAGACUAUUAUUGUGAUGUGGGUCAGUUUGAUGACUUUUAACAAUAUUUCACUGUGUGUCCCGUGUUUGAAAAUUAUAAAUCAAGGCAGAAUAGCUGCUCAUAGUAUAUUAGCAAUUAUAAAUACAAAAAGUCAGCUUGUCCAAGGUACAAGGACUACUGAAAUUUCAGGCAAAAUCGUGUUUGAUAAUGUAAAAUUCAGCUACCCUUCAACCCCACAUUCAGAAAUACUGAAAGGGAUGAGUUUUGAGCUUGAACCAGGACAAAGAUUAGGUGUUGUAGGUAGCACUGGCUCAGGGAAAAGCACCAUAAUUCAGCUGCUAUUAAGGUACUAUGAGCCAACUUCAGGAAGUAUUUUUAUUGAUGGGCAUGAUAUCAGAGAAUACUCAAUCAGCUAUUUAAGAGAAAAUAUAGGAAUUGUCAGCCAAGAGCCUUUGUUGUUCAAUACAAGUAUUUAUGAAAAUAUAAGGUAUGGCAAACUAGAUGCAAAAGAAGCUGAAAUCCAUUCUGCAGCUGGAAAAGCGGGAGCUCACGACUUUAUUAGAAAAUUACCUUUAGGCUACGAAACCCCUGCUGGCGCAAAAGGUUCUCAGCUUUCAGGAGGCCAAAAACAAAGGAUAGCUAUUGCAAGAGCUAUUAUAAGAAACCCAAAAAUUCUGUUAUUAGAUGAAGCUACAAGUGCUUUAGAUCGACAGACCGAGCAAGCUGUUGUUGACGAUAUUGAUAAAGCUAUGCCUGAAAGCACGAGGAUCACUAUUGCACAGAAUUUACUCACAAUAAAAGACUCCACUUUUAUCAUAAUGAUUGAUCAAGGCACUGUCCUUGAGUAUGGCAAUCACAAGCAGUUAAUGAAAAACAAGUCAAAAUACUAUCACCUUAUAAAAAUGCAAAAAAUACAACAGAGAAAUGCAGAUGAGGAACAAGUCAAAGGAAAAUUGACAGACCUAGACGCAAGCAAAUCGAUAAGUGAAGGUGAAAAAGUGGUUCAAGAAGAAGACGUCAACGUCAGGAAAAAAAUGCUGAGUUUUUCAAAAAGUGAAAGAUUUUGGCUUUAUUUCGGAAUUUUUGGGUCGCUAGUUGUUGCUGCUUCUUAUCCAAUAUCAGGAAUGCUUAAUGGGAAACAAAUUUUUGUCCUGUCCAAUGAAGAUAAUGAUAUGCUAAGUAAAAGUGCAGAGUAUGGAGGAUGAAUCUGCUUCCUUGCCUUUUUUGUAGCUAUAGGCUUAAUUAUGGAAAGCAUCAGCUAUCCAAGAAUGAGUGCAAAUAUUACUACAAAAAUGAGAGAAGCCAGCUUUAAAGCUCUUCUUAAAUUUGAAGCAGCAUUUUUUGAUAUCCCAGAAAACAACUGCAGUGCUCUCUCAGCAAGACUUUGCAACGACUGUGAAAAAGUAAAUGGUUUAUCAGGCAGCAUGAUAGGAAUUUUAAUCAGCAUCGCUGCAUCCCUAGCAGUUGCCCAUGGGACUGCUGCUGCUUUUUCAUGGAGAAUGAGCUUAGUUUUCUUAGCUGUUAUCCCUGUUAUUUUUACCGCAACUGCAGCAUCAUUUCUUGCCCAGUCUGUUGGGGUUGUCAAAUUUGACUAUGAGUCUUGCACUUCGACAGCGGCUGAUGCUAUAAUGAACUAUAGAACAGCCAAAGCCUUUAACUUGGAAAAUAUUAUGCUUGAAAGGUACUUGGAGCCUGCCAAGGCUGAGUUUGCAGGCAUCAAGAAAAAGGCUCAGCUAUCAGGGUUUACCUAUGGGCUAGGCUUUGGGGCUAUUUUUUGUGUAUAUUCGCUGCUUUUUUGGUAUGGAGCUAAGCUGGUAGUUGAUGGCCUUGAUUCUUAUGAAAAUAUGGUCAUUGCUAUGGUAACUUGCCAAUUUGGGUCUGACUCCUUUAUGAUUGCAGGAGUUUAUAUGCCAGACGUAAAAAAUGGGAUUGAGGCAGCAAAGAGGCUGUUUAAGAUCCUUGAGUAUAAGCCUACAAUAAAUGUUAAUAGCAAAGAUGGAGACAAAAAAGAAAUUGAAGGAAAAGUUGAGUUUAAAGAUGUAUCCUUUAGCUAUCCCAAUAGAAACUAUAUGGCUUUGAAAUCGCUGAGCUUUUCUAUUGAACCUGGCACUCAUUUUGCGAUUAUUGGCAGGACUGGGUCAGGGAAAUCGACAGUAAUUCAACUAUUGCUGAGGCUUUAUGACCCAGCUGGCGGAAAAGUACUAAUAGACAACAUGGAUAUUAAAAAAUACAAUCUUAAACACUUAAGAAGACAAAUAGGAUAUGUAGGCCAAGAGCCUGUGCUGUUUUCUGGAUCUAUUGCAGAAAAUAUAUCUUAUGGAGUAAAGUCUGAUCAAGAAGAAAUAGAAGAGGCUGCAAGAAAAGCCCAGGCUCUGGAGUUUAUAACAGAUUCCAAAUACCCUGAAACCUUUGAUCGCCAAGUUGGGAUUAAAGGAAGCAUGCUCAGUGGUGGCCAAAAACAACGUAUUGCUAUAGCAAGAGCUAUUAUUAGGAAUCCUAAAAUAUUAAUAUUUGACGAAGCUACAAGUGCACUGGACCCAAAAACUGAGGCAGUUCUGCUUUCUACAAUAAAAGAAGUGAUGGCAGAAAAAACCUGCAUUAUGAUUGCCCAUCGCCUGAAAACCAUUUCUGAAGCACAUCAAGUUAUGGUUUUAGAAAGUGGAAAAAUCCUAGAAAUUGGGACUAGAGAAGAUUUGAUGAGUCAAAAAGGCUACUUUUACAACAUGAUUAGUAACCUUUAA